AAUUUAAUUGUUUUGUGAAAAUCCGCCAGUUUUAUUUUUUAGAUUGUCGUCUUCUUUCAGAAUAUUGAAUAAGAUCGAAGCCAAGUUAACUUUUUUAAAUGGGUUCUGAGCAAAGCACCCAGGCUAAAGAAUCUCCAGUUGAAGAGAAACAGUUGCCUGAGGUACUUGAGUCCCCAGCAACGACUGCACUUAGAGAAGGCGCCUUAUCUCCCAGACAGGGAAGUGUAUGUAGUGACAGUGAUGUACCUUUUGUAUCCUACACAGUGAACAAGCCUAUAGGAGACUCUCCUAAGAAGAGUAAACCAGCAAGUUCUAGAUCUAAAUUCUCAUCUCCCCGCCUACACAGAGCUCAAACCAGGCUGAGCAAGUCUGCUGCCAACACGCUGGUUACCGUGAACAAGUUGAAGAUAAACGAGGAGAUGAGAGGGGAUAUUGAUCUCAUCAGGCUUCAGGAGAUUCCUUGUUUUAUCCCGAUAAUGCAGGCCAGUGUUCAAGCAGGGAAACCAGGAUCUGAGUAUGCUGAGAUAUUAUCCAGAUUAGAUCCAGCUCCAAUCAACAUUAUCUUACAGAAGUACGAAGAUCAUUUACGAAAGUGCGCUGCCAGGGUUGCUGGGGAUCAGGGAACUAUUUCCAGGAGAAUAAAAGACGUGGAAAAUGAUGUAGUUUCAAUUGCAAACAGUUUGCAGGAACGGCAGAAAAGAUAUGAGAAGCACUGUGAGAAGCUGUCAACUGUUCGUGAUAUAUCCAGGAGUUUAGCUAAAUGUCAUAUGCUUCUAAACGAGAAUAUUGAUAUGAUGGAUGCCCUUAACUCUUCCCUGCCUCAGGAUUUGCGUCUUGAACCAUUUGUCUGGACAACAGGAUGAUAUUGUUCUCACUGUCAGGUUCGGGACAGUGGGCUUCUUUCCGUAUCUUCCUGGUGAAAUAAGGAUUCAUAUUUUCCUAAAACUCAGUAUCCUCCCCCCCUCCAUCUUUUCAUCAAUUUGCCGUGAUACAUAGUUGUCUGCCAAACUGUAAACUUCGAAUUGUUCUACUUUAGAUGUAAUUAAAUCCUCGUUAAAAAUUAUUUCAUAUUCUAACUUAUCUGUGAUUAAUUUAUUCCAAAGUAUAGGUUUUUAAAUUAGUGUUUAAAAGCAUAUUUAAUUUUCUAAUUGUAGUUAAAACUUCAGACAUCAAGAUGUUGUCUUUGCUUAGUGUUUCUAAAUUCAGUUUUUUUUUAAGAAGGUUCAGUUGAUAUUUUAAUAAAAUCAUCCCAGUAACAUAUUUUAAAUAGAUAUAUGAAUAAAAUCUUUUCUUUGCGACAGGGGCGUAUACAGGCGCCCCACCCCGUCUUGUAGGUUUCCAGUGGGUUUUCAUUCCUAACUGUGGCUGAGCCCCCCCCCCCCCCUUAAAGUUUCAAAAGAGUUUACCCUCCCCGCCCUGGACAAAAUCCUGUAUACGCCCUUGCUUCUCGAAUGUUGUAUUUAUAAACCCUUGUCGGGAUUCAUUGUAUCCACUGUGAAUAUUUCAGA